ACACAAAAGAAUAUUUCAAAGAAGAUCAGAAGAAACAUGGUUUCUUUUAAAUUUAUCAGCCUUUGCUUUAUGCUUCUGUUAGUUCUUCGGUACUCUUAUGCAGAUUCUCAGAUUCCUCAAGUUGCAGCUGCAGGCAAUGACGGCAUUGCUGGUGCUGUCGCAGGAAACAGGAAUCCUUGGGCUGUUGAAAAGUUUAUUAUUGGAGGUGUUCUUACUCCAAAGGAAGCAAAAAAUGGCAAUAUCUUAGGAAGAAAUAUGAUGAAGAGAAGGGUUUUGAUGGAAGAGAUGCAGAACACAAGAGAGAUGUCCACCACAAUUUUGGCUGGUGCAGCUCAUUCUGUGGGAAACUCAUGCAGCCGUGAAGGGAAGCAAAAAUUCAGCUCAGACUGCAGACGAAGUAGCAGGACUAGUAGAGAUCGACAUGCUGCGAGGAAAUUGAAGUAUACUAGUUUUGUGGCUCUCAAUGCUGAUUAUCAUCCACCAAAAUCUCAUGCACCAAAAAACAACUAGAAGAAGUUAUAUAUAGUAAUAUUUACUGGUUUUAGAAUUGAAAGAAAAGAUAGUUUUCCUUUUUUACGUCUGCGACUAGUUUUUUGUUAAAAUUUUUUGUAGCUGCUUCAUUUUUGGAUUAAGAAGCGGAAAAUUUCAGUCUUGCAUGUAUAAGGUACCUUCUCUAAAGUUUUUUUUAUUAAGAUUAAGUAUUCGAUACUUCUAUCAGUAUUUUGCCAUUCUUCAUAUAUGAAAAGGUAUCAUAUAAGUGCUAAGUAUUCUUCCUAAUAGAAA